AUGAGUACCCAUCCAGAAUCAUCUGAUAGGCCCGCAACUACAUCACCGACUGACUUGACAAAUCUGGGAGCUCAACUGCGUGAAGUUCUAAACCGAUUUAAUGAGUUGAGCGUUGGAAUGAUGGCCCAACGGCGAGUAAUCGAUCAAUUGGUAGCUAGUGGUGCUAGCGGUGAACAACAUGAGCCCCUACCUCCUGGCCACUCUGAACCUCAACCCAUAUUUUUACCUUAUAUUCAAACCUCUGUUACUUCACAUGUCAUAAACCCACCUGAGGAAGUCUUUACUUAUCCCACUCAUGGCCCACAACCUGCUUAUGCACCUUACAUCCAAACUAACCCUCCUCAUGUCCAAAUUUCCCAAAAUUAUCCGCCAAUUACUAUGAGCAUGCCAUUCGAGCCACAGGGACCUUAUUAUUACUCUACCGCUGAGCCAUUCACCCUAGAUACCGCUGUUCAAGGGAAAGUUGAAGCUGGGGAGUCAUCCGCACCAGUGGAUAAGAAUUUACUAAAGCGAUUGGAUCGGUUUGAGGAGUUCAUAAGGAAAAGCCAAGGCUUGAACAAACAAGGAGGGUUAGACUACAACGAGCUGUGCCUAUUUCCGGAUAUGCAAUUGCCCAUGGGUUUCAAAACGCCCAAGUUUAGCAAGUAUGAUGGAACGGGCAACCCCAGGACGCACCUCCGAAUGUUUGCCAACAAGUUGGGCAAGCCAAUAGAUGACGAGAAUCUACCAGUUCGGUUGUUUCCUGAAAGCUUAGAAGGUGAUGCACUGGACUGGUAUUCCAAUUUGAAACCCGAGGAUAUGAGGACGUGGCUGGACUUAUCAACCGCUUUUGUAAGGCAAUAUGAAUACAAUUGCGAGCUGGCUCCAACGAGGACCACAUUGGAGGGAACCAAGAGGAAACCGUCCGAGGACCACAAGACAUAUGCGAAGAGAUGGAGAAAAUUAGCUGCCAAAGUGGAGCCUCCCAUGACUGAAAAUGAGAUUGCCGAGAAAAUUGUUAAUGUGUCAACAUUGAAGAUGCAACUAGAGGCUCUGCAAGGCCAGAAUAACAGUGGGAAGAAAUCCCAAUUUAAAGGAAAAGAAGAGGAAACUGCUUUUGUUGGGGAUCAGGGCCCCUCGGCCAGAUCUAGAUUUUCAAACCGCCUUGUUUAUUCAUCACCCUAUCCAUACUACCCAAACUCCCGUCCUAUCCACCAUACUACCAUUAACCAUUCUCGACUUCGACCAAAUUUACUCACACCACCCUUUCAAAAUCCACAACCAAAUCCCCAAACUAGACCUCGCCCUCAUUUUAGCCCAAGACCUAUUCCACCCCCUAGCCCAAAUUACUACUACCAACAAACCAGUGACACCCAAAAUUCAACGCCAUACCGACCCUUCACCAAUCUAGGUCGGUCUAUUGACCAUUUAUAUGAGCAAUUGAAAGCUACCGGGAAAAUUGGCGUUAUACCUCCUAAGAUCUAUUCUAAGCGCUUUCCAUCUGACUAUGACCCUCAAACAGUCUGCGCUUAUCAUUCUGGAGCUCCCGGAUGGCCCAGAAUAAAACCGUCUGACCCUUUGGAUAUCACUGUUCAGAAAUUUGAUGGCAGCGAUCUCAUAAAUGUGAAUGUGAAUUUCAAAAAUGAGAUGAGUGGGAAAGAGGCAUUCGAAAAUGUUUCAAAGAAGCCCGAAUGGAAUAAAAGAAGUCCAAGCCGAAUCGGGAUCAAGAUUAGGAAUAAGAAGCAAUUGAACACAGUCCAUCGUGGUCAAUAUGAUCAAGAGGAUUGGUCUGUGAUUACCACUAAAGGGUCAAAUCAUGACCAUUCAGACGAGAAGGCAAAGCAUUAA